AUGCACGAUCGCAAUCGACAUCGGCCAGUUGGUCCAGCCUUACCUCCCCAGCACAGCAUUGCUAGAGCACAGCCACCACACCACACAGCCCUCCAAUCCGUCGUCAACGAGAUUGCAGUCCAACUGUCCAACAGUGGGAAUUGGGGCGAGAUGUGCGCACCCUCGCCACCUGACACACCUCUCCACCUCAAGUCUAGGCGACACAUCAGUGUGGUGCUGCACGUCCCACAUCCACUGCUUCGCAGUGUUGUUCCACUCCAUCCAACCUCACACCACCUCACCUCUAGGCUGACACGACACCCACACUAUUGUGCUCCUCGCUUGAUCGUGACGCUUUGUGCAGGAGGCAGUCUGUCCGAUUGCAGAUUGCAGUAUCAACUCAUUCCUCACACAACACCUCAACUCCACCACUCCACAUCCCCCAAUGCCCACCCCAUACCUGAUCGCAAUCACGGCCUCCUCUCUUCACCGGACUCCGACCCCACUGCGUCUUCGCCUCACCUCAACUCCGGCAACACUGCUAAUCCACCACAUUUGACAUCAAGAAUUGCGUCUUGUGUGGAUGCAUGUGUGCUUGAGUUGGCAUGA